UCCCUAUGAAAAGAAAAGCUCUUCCAGCAAUAUUUGCAAUCAAAUAUCCCAUUGUGGGCAGAUUUAUAGCUAUAUAUAGACGGCCUUAUUCGGUCUCGGAUUGUUUUCAUUUGCAUAGUAAAUUAGUUAUCGUUAGACAUGUUAAAUAAAACCAGAUUUGUAGUUCAAGUACUGAGGAGAUUAGCAUCAUCGACUCCAGUGUCGAAGCGGGGACCACCUAACAGGCCCGAACCGAAUAGGUCAGCCGAACAUAUUAAGAAGUAUUCCUUUUAUGAUUUAGUAUUGCGAACCCCAUCACAUCCUACACAUCCAAUUGAAGCUCUGUUAAUGAGUGCUGACGAAUUAAAGGAUUUAAAGAAACAUACAAAAACAACAUUUGAAGGAAAUUAUACGUUGGGAGACCUCACACCACAACAGAAGAUUGAAAGAAUAUUUGGAGGUAGAAUAAAGGGAGAAGGUCCAAAAUCAUCCAGUCGAUUAUUAAGAGGUGAAUCCAAAGUAAUUGCUGGAAUAACUGUUCCUGCUAAGCCCAGUGAACCAGAUAAUUGUUGUAUGAGUGGAUGUAUUAAUUGUGUAUGGGAGUUAUUUAAUGAUGAUAUUAAAGAUUGGAAUUCCAAACGUAAACAGGCUGCUACUUUAUUAAUUUCCAAAGGUGGUAGGUGGCCAGAGGACUUUGAUGCACCUCUUAAAUACUUAAAGAAGGAGAAUUUCCCUAAAUCCUUAGCUAAUGUACUGGAUGAAGACAUUCGGAGCCAUCUCAAAGGUAAAUCUUCCAAAUCUGAUGAGGAUGAGAACUGGUCUAAUGUACCAGUUGCUAUCCGAGUCUUUGCUGAAACUGAGAAACGGUUGAAAGCCAAAAGACUUAAUCGAACUCAGACCACAGCUCAACUAUAAUUGCAUUGCAUUAAUUCAUUAUACUACACUACAUUCCGUUGAUUUUUCACAAUA